AUUGGAGUUCUUUUGUGUUUUCGAGAAGGGCAUGUUGGUAUCGUGGGGGACAUAGAAGGAAUGUUCCAUCAAGUAAAGGUUCGGGAUUACCUCAGGUUUGUAUAGUUUUCAAAAUCCGCAUGUGAUCAACCCCAAGUAUACCGCAUGACUGUACAUCUGUUUGGAGGGGUCUGGAGCCCAAGGUGCGCAAGCUUUGCCCUGAGACGAGCAGCAGAGGAUAACAGAUCCCACAGUGAAGCUGAUGUAGUUCAGACUUUUAUGUGGAGGAUUGUUUGAAGGCCCUUAUGAAAGAGAAAGAAGCGGUUGAUCACAUUCAGCACUUGGAGGAUUCAAACUACAUAAAUGGAUGAGUAACAACAGGGAGUUCUUCAGUCCAUCCCUGAGGAAAAGAGGUUGAAAAGCAUCAAAGGUGUUGAAUCUUUACCUGCAGAGAGAGCCCUUGGAGAACUCUGGGAUACUGAAAACAACGAGCUUGGCUUUAGGAUCGGAACAUGCCAUUCACAAGAAGAGGAUUGAUGAAUGUCAUUGCUUCCAUCUAUGACCCCUUGGGUUUUAUAAGCCACUACAUCUAACUAGCUAAGAAGAUAUUCCAGGACGAGUCCGGACUUCGGAAAGAUUGGGAUGAGAAGUUGAGUGAAGCUAACAUGCUGAAAUGGACAAAAUGGAUCAACGAUCUGCCACAGAUAGAACGCUUCAACUUACCUAGAUCUAUCAUUCCUCCAUCAUGUAAUGAUGUAAGCUUUAAAUCACGCCAUUUCUCUGAUGCUUCUUCAACAGGGUACGGAGCCAUUUCCUAUCUGAAGGUGAUCUGUGAUGGACAAGGGGACUGUGAGCUCCUCAUUAGCAAAUCUCGUCUCGCACCUCUGAAGCAGAUGACUAUACCGCAUCUAGAGAUGUCAGCUGCUGUCGUUUCUGUGAAGUUGGACCGGAUGCUCCACAAGGAAGUAAAGAUCGCAAUAUCCAGAUCAGUGUUCUGGACAGACAGCACUGUUGUACUGCAGUAUAUCAAGAAUGUGAGCAAGCGCUUUCAUGUAUUCAUUGCAAACAGAAUUGCUCUUAUUCACGAGAUUUUGGAUCCAAGCCAGUGGAGAUAUGUUGGAAGCUCUGACAACCCUCCAGAUGAUGUAUCAGGUGGUCUGGAAGCAGAGCAGAUGGUGUCUUCAAGCAGAUGGAAGCACUGUUCUGAGUUUCUAUCCAAACCAGAGUGUGAUUGGCCGACUCAAGUCAGCGUUGCUAUGAGCAUUCCAGCGGAUGAUAAAGAAGUCAAGAAUGACGUGAAGAGUUUCACAGCUGUGGCAAGCAAUGAUACUGACACUUUGGAUGCACUGUUUGAGAAGUAUUCCUCCUGGUACAGACUUAAAAGGGGCGUAGCUUGGAUCCUGAGAUUAAGGAAGGUCUUGUACGACAAGAUAAAGCUCAAAGGAAGUUGCAAGUAUGAGAGUCUACUCACUGUCCAUGAAUUGAAUCAAGCUGAGAUCACCAUAGUACAAGUUCUUCAGAGAAAGGCUUACACACCAGAGUUGAAGCAGUUGGUUUCUGGGAAAUCUGUUUUAAGGACAAGUUCACUGUACCGUCUAGAGCCUACACUGAGUUUGCAACGUGUGUUGUGUGUUGGUGGACGAUUACACUCAGCUCAUGUAUCUGCAAUAGGAAAGCACAACAUGAUAAUUCCCAGGGACAGUCACGUCACUACAUUGAACAUCAGAUAUUACCAUGAGGUAAGUGGACAUUCCGGAAUAGAGCAUGUUUUAUCUCUGAUCAGGUACAAGUUUUGGAUACUGAAGGGCAGAAAGACUCUGAGUAAAAUCAUCGGUGGUUGUGUUCAGUGCAAAAGGUAUCAGCAGUUACCAGGUAACCAGAGGAUGGCAGAUCUUCCAUCUGAUCGGUUAACUCCUGGAGUUCCACCUUUCACAAAUGUUGGACUUUAUUGCUUUGGGCCAUUCACUGUUAAACGGGGCCAGUCUGAGCUCAAACGAUACGGUUGCAUUUUUACCUGUCUCGCUACAAGGGCAGUACACCUAGAAAAGCCGGAUGGUUGGACACUGAUUCUUUUCUCAAUGGAUUUGUUAGAUUCAUUUCUCGUCGAGGAUGUCCUAGGAAACUCCUGCUGCUGCUCACAUGGGAGGGGUUUGGGAAAGACUCAUACGAUGUGUGCGCAAAGUGAUGAAUGCUCUCCUUAA